UUUAUUUGUAUAGUUGAGCUUUUAUUUUGAAUAUUUCCAUCCGGAAGAACUUGUGCUUAGUAAUGUUAGUGAUUUGUACCUUGUAAUUUAGCUUCAGCAGUAGCAAUUUAAAGGCCUAUUGUUGGAUUCGUACGUUGUUUUGAUAUAAUUUAUUUUUGAUUGCUACGACCAUGGAGUCUAGCGAUACGGGGCGAGGAGGCUGGAGGUCCAACACAACGAAACCAACGCUGCCGCAGAAAAACAAAAUGAACUUGAACAUUCUCCGUCAAGAACAACUGAUUGCUCAAAAGAAGAAGGAGAUCGAAGAAAGAAUGGCAGUACAAGCAAAGCUGAAUGCACAGACCGCUAGGAAACCCCUGCCGCCAAGUUUGCAGGGAGACUCUUCCAACAAAUUUGCAAAUGAUGGAAGCUUCUUACAGCAGUUCAUGAAGAUGCAGAAGGAGAAAGACAACAAUAUAUCUGGUUCAGGCGCUGAUUCGAAGUCUCCCUCAGCCUCAACUUCAUCUCCAGGAGGAAACACUUUGCAGAAAAAGGCCAUUUUUGUUGGCCAGCGGACUGGCCUUGGAGUUAGUAAAAUGCUUAGUCAGUUCAAGAGUUACUCACAGUUCAAGAAGGCUCCUGUUCUCGGCCAGAGGCCAAGUGUAUUUUGUUCUCCAGAUGAUGAAGAUGAGGAAGAGGAGACUGAUUACUCCAAAUUCUUAGAGAUGAAAGUUUCUCCCCCAGAGGAUUCAGACACCAGACUCAUUAUCGACAAGAUGGCCUCUUUUGUGGCAGAAGGAGGACCUGAGUUGGAGAAGAAAGCAAAAGAGGACUACAAGGAUAAUCCUGUUUUCUCUUUUUUAAGUGAUAAGAGUAGCCUGGAGUAUCUAUACUACAAAAGACGUGUCGCAGUACUUAGGAGGGAUAUCCAGAGACCUUACAAGACGACAGAUAAUGUUGAGUACGGUACAGUAGUAGAGUGUGAAUUGAGUCCCAGUACUAAUAGGCUGCUUAAAGUCUCCCCCCCAGUGGAUGCGGAAACCCGGCAAAUGGUUGAAAAUAUGGCCCAUUUUGUGGCAGAAGGUGGCCCUGAGGUGGAAGCCAUUGCUAUUGAGCGCAACCGAGACAACCCUGCCUUCAGUUUUUUGUAUGACAAGCAAAGUCCAGCCUACUAUCUCUACAAAGAGAAGCUAAAAGACUAUCGUGAUGGACCCUGUCGGAGCUCGUCCCCUCCAGCAGCAGCCGAUGUUCGGCGGCCAUCUGCUUCCCCAGUGCCAGGAAUCCCCUCAGUGCUGAGCAGCACAUCUGUGCCUCCCAAACAGGAAUCUGAAACGCCACCCAUCAAACGGAAGAGAAAGAGUAGAUGGGGCUCAGAAGACGACAAAGUGCAACUGCCAAUUCCUCCGAUUGUUGUUCCUGCGGAGAUAAACACUCAAGACUCCGACACACCUUCCCUCUCUGCCCAGGAGCUGAGCGGCCUUGGCUAUAAGAAGGGGAAGCCGCUUGGGCUGGUUGGAGUCACCGAACUAUCUGAGGAUCAGAAGAGACAGCUAAAAGAACAACAAGAGAUGCAAGAAAUGUAUGACAUGAUCAUGAAGCACAAGCGUGCGAUGGCAGAGAUGCAGACGAUGUGGGAGAAAGCCAUCAGAGAUCACCAACAUGAAUAUGACAGUGACGAAGAUGUGGACCAGGAUGCAGGCACCUGGGAACAUCAGCUUAGAAAGAUGGAAAUGGAGAAGACACGAGAAUGGGCCGAAUCUCUUACAGAAAUGGGGAAAGGGAAACACUUUAUUGGUGACUUUCUGCCCCCGGAGGAAUUGGAGAAGUUCAUGGAAACUUUUAAGGCACUCAAAGAAGGUCGGGACCCAGACUACUCGGAGUACAAAGAGUUUAAGCUGACGGUGGAGAAUCUUGGUUUCCGAAUGCUCAUGAAAAUGGGCUGGAAGGAAGGGGAAGGCCUUGGCAGUGACGGACAGGGAAUUAAAGCUCCUGUUAACAAGGGAACUACAGCCAUGAAUGGAGCAGGGUUUGGAGUUGACCGUCCAGCUGAGCUUUCUAAAAGUGAUGACGAAUAUGAUGCUUUUAGAAAGAGAAUGAUGCUCGCUUACCGCUUCAGGCCGAACCCACUGAACAAUCCACGGAGACCGUAUUACUGAUAGAGGAAUAUCACCAUUCAUACACGUUGUUGUUAAUGAUACGUUUGAAGCAUGUCUCUGCAGCUGCCACUGCUCUGCGUUGUCGUGAAAUGGACACUCUGGCAGUAGAAAUUUUACAGUUUUAGGUCCAAAUGUGAGAGAAGGUGAUAAAGUUUGCAACAAAAAAAAAUUGUACACCUUGUAUGUUUUAUUCGGGGACAUGACUGCUUUCUUGAAAUAUCAACUGACAUCAUUGUUACUUGCAUUUUGAUUGAAACAAAAAAAUAUUUAUACAGAAAGGCUGUCAUCACCUGACCUCUGCAAAAUUUCACUCUAGUUUUUGUUAUCAUUUUAAUUCAUUUAAUUAUCAGUCCUGUAUAGAUACAUUCUUCUGUAUGUUUUUUUGCAAUAACUGAGGUCUUCACUGUUUCAUAAUGGUUACCUCCUUUCAACGCUAUAUUGCAAUAAAAAUGACCACUCACUGAA